GGAGAGAGAGAGAGAGAGAAAAAGAGAAAGAGAAAGAGAAAGAGAGAGAGAGGGGCAGAGGGAGUGGGCGAGAGAGAGAGGGAAACAUACAGAGCAAGAGAAAAAGAAAGAGAAAAGUGAGAAGGGGAGAGCGAAACAGCUUUCAAGGGAGAGGGUCAUUGUUGUUCCACAGUUUCAAGAGCUUCAAAUCCUGUCAUCUUCACACCCCUCCGAAGCCGCAGCGCCAGCAUCAGCAUCAGGAACAGGGCAAGACCAGACAAGCCACACCACGUGUCUAUCUUACCUGACGGUCAAAGCAGAAGAGCAAAGAGGCUUCCGCAUCACCCAUCCUUGCUAGCUCAGCCAUCACCUUCUUAUUACUAGUAGGUAGCCAAGAAUUGCUUGACUGCCAGCCUGUACAAAAACCAUGGCCGACCAGAUUAACAACAACAACCACCACCACCACCAUCACCACCACAACAACAACAAUCACAACCACAAUCAGCCUCCCGCCAUCGCUGCAAACUCGUCCGCUAAGCGCGCUCCUCCUACCAACGAAGCCGAGGAACGUCUGGCCAUCGAACGCGAACUCGCUGCCAAGCUCAAAGGCACUCGGGACUAUCUUUCCACCCUAUCGACAGAAGCCACACCAUGUUCUUCGGAGCAGCAGCAAGAUAUACGAGCCACCACACUCAGCCAUGGCCAUUCCGAGACCGCCACUGGCUCUGCUGACGCCUCCAGGAGCGCCGCCCCUCUCACUGAACCAAUACAUCCGAAUAGAGGCGAUCACGGCACACCAGCGGGAUCAGUAGCAGCAGCACCAGCAGCAGCACCACCACCACUACCACCACCAGCAGCAGCACCGCCAGCAUCAUCCCCAUCAUCAUCAUCAAUGGCAGCGCCUGACGCAUCCUCGUCAUUACCACCAGGAGAUGCGGCGAUGCUCGAUGGUGGUCAGAAUGCCGAGGAGCAGCGUCUAGAACCCGAUGAGCUUGAUAGUGACUCUGCUCUCGGGAGUGAUACUGAGAGUCGGACUACCUCAUUGUCCGAGUCCAUCUACAACUAUCGUCGCGAGCACGGCCGCACGUAUCAUGCCUACAAGGAUGGCAAGUACAUCUUUCCAAACGACGAGAGAGAAGCCGAGCGCCUCGACCUGCAACACCACCUGUUACGUAUCACGUACGCCAACAAGCUCUACUUUGCGCCUCUCCAUAGGCCCAGACGCUGUCUCGAUGUGGGCACGGGCACGGGCAUUUGGGCCAUUGAUUUUGCCGACGAGUUUCCCGAUUGCAUGGUCACGGGGAUAGAUCUCUCCCCAGGACAACCAAACUUGGUUCCGCCGAACGUCAAGUUCGUCGUUGACGAUGCCGAGGAUUUGUGGCUGUACGAAGAGAAAUUUGACUACAUUCACGUUCGUCUCAUGUCGGGCUGCUUCUCCGACUGGCCCGCUUUCAUGCGACAAGCAUACGACAACCUCGAACCCGGUGGCUGGCUCGAAUUGCAAGACUACGGCCUGCCAGUCAAAUCCGCCGAUGGAACUCACCUCGGCACCGACAUGCUCCGCUGGGGCGAGUUAUUACUCGAAGCUGGAAGGGUGAUAGGACGUCCCUUGGGCUCGGACGUGAGCGAGCACUUUGAAGAAUGGAUGCAGCAGGUUGGGUUCGUGGACAUUCAGCACAAGAUGUUUAUGUGGCCUUCGAGUAGCUGGCCUAAGGACCCAUUUAUGAAGGAGCUCGGACGAUGGAAUCAGGUCAACAUAAUCGAUGGCCUGGAAGCGUUUUGUUUGGCUUUGCUGACGAGGGGGCUGGGUUGGUCAAAGACGGAGGUGGAUGUGUUUGUUGCCAGGAUCUCCAACGAUUUCAGGAACAAGAGGAUUCAUGCAUAUUUCCCGAUGCCCGUCGUGUGGGCAAGAAAGCCGUUUCCGGGGGAGAUACCCUUUUCACAGCAGCAGUGAGAGGAAGGGAGAUUCCCUUUUCACAGCAGCAGUGAGAGGAAGGGAGAGAAGCGAAAGAUUGAAUGCGUGGGAGUGGGAGAAGUUGGAGGGGCCGAAGAAGCCGAAGAAGUUGAUGGGUAUACAUUGCGCCAUUCGUUUGAAUAGUGACUUGGUGGUGGUGGUGGUGGUGGAAGGGCUGGACGGUUCUGUCUCUGCAUAGCUAUUGAGUGGGUGGUGCAUCUGCUGCAUUUUUUCUAGCAUGGAAGCGAGGAUACACAUUGUCACGACAGUAGCGAUCGCCACAGUCAAAUUAUAUGGAGCAGAC